AUGGUCUUGGAAAACGAUAAAGAUAUUGACUGGUGGUGGUCUCUGCUGGCUAAAAUCUUUUCGUGGUUGCUGUUAGCGGGAUACAUCGUAUUCCCCUCCACAUUUGCAUCCCUACAACGAUCGAAAACGCUAGAGAGUAUCGGCAAGGUUGGCCACAUCGUAUCCGGAUGGGUGAACGACUUCCUAAUCUCCAUCGCCUCUAUUCUCUCAGGAGGGGCUUCCAUUGGCCUGGCUUACUUAUGGUUCAAAUGGCGCACAAAUUACAUCUGGGUAAACCAGCAAAUCAUCAUGUGA